GGAGGCCCUUCAGCCAGUCUCUGUUAGUCAUUACUAUACUCAUGGGCUCUGGGCCAGCGCCAUUCACACUUUCCCCCUGUUCUGUGGCAGACGGACUGUUUGCCUCUAAUCCUUGUGUUCUUUCUCCCCUACCUCUCUAAAACCCUUCUCUGAGGGAGGAAUAGCUUAUAGCUUUGAGGAUAAUAUAGCUUUAAGGAAACUUUUGGCAGAUGCGGAUGUCCUAACAUCUGGGCAGUGUUAACAGAAUCCCGGAGGCCCGGACAGACGAGCCACUCGUUCUAGGAAUGUUAAAAUAGAAGUUUUUCCAACUGAUGAGAGGAGCAGAAAGGAAGGAGAAAAAGAAGAGAGCACCAAAAAUCUAUAAAACAGAUCCUGCAUUUCUGCUUCUUUUCACUUGAGGAAGAUGGCCGGUCAAUUAACCCAAAGAGGAGCCCUAUGUCUCCUGCUCUUCCUCACUCCAGCAGUGACACCAACAUGGUAUGCAGGUUCAGGCUACUACCCAGAUGAAAGCUACAAUGAAGUAUAUGCUGAAGAGGUCCCACACGCCCCUGCCCUAGACUACCGAGUCCCCCGAUGGUGUUAUACAUUAAAUAUCCAGGAUGGAGAAGCCACAUGCUACUCUCCAAGGGGAGGGAAUUAUCACAGCAGUUUGGGUACUCGUUGUGAGUUCUCCUGUGACCGGGGCUUUCGACUGAUCGGACGAAGGUCGGUGCAAUGCCUGUCAAGCCGCCGUUGGUCUGGAACUGCCUACUGCAGGCAGGUGAGAUGCCACGCACUGCCAUUCAUCACUAGUGGCACUUACACCUGCACAAAUGGGAUGCUUCUUGACUCCCGCUGUGACUACAGCUGUUCCAGUGGCUACCACUUGGAAGGUGACCGCAGCCGAAUCUGCAUGGAAGAUGGGCGAUGGAGUGGAGGCGAACCUGUAUGUGUAGACAUAGAUCCCCCCAAGAUCCGUUGUCCCCACUCACGUGAGAAGAUGGCAGAGCCGGAGAAACUGACUGCUCGAGUAUAUUGGGACCCACCCUUGGUGAAAGAUUCUGCUGAUGGUACUAUCACCAGGGUGACACUUCGGGGCCCUGAGCCAGGCUCUCACUUUCCCGAAGGAGAGCAUGUGAUUCGUUACACUGCCUAUGACCGAGCCUAUAACCGAGCCAGCUGCAAGUUCAUUGUGAAAGUACAAGUGAGACGCUGCCCAACUCUAAAACCACCACAGCAUGGCUACCUCACCUGCACCUCAGCAGGGGACAACUAUGGUGCCACCUGUGAAUACCACUGUGAUGGAGGUUAUGAACGCCAAGGAACCCCCUCCCGGGUCUGCCAGUCCAGCCGCCAGUGGUCAGGAUCACCACCCAUCUGUGCUCCUAUGAAGAUUAACGUCAAUGUCAACUCAGCUGCUGGCCUUCUGGAUCAGUUCUAUGAGAAACAGCGACUCCUCAUCAUCUCGGCUCCUGAUCCCUCCAACCGAUACUAUAAAAUGCAGAUCUCUAUGCUGCAGCAAUCCACUUGUGGACUGGACCUACGCCACAUGACCAUCAUUGAACUGGUGGGGCAGCCACCUCAGGAGGUGGGGCGCAUCCGGGAGCAACAGCUGUCAGCCAACAUCAUCGAGGAGCUCAGGCAAUUUCAGCGCCUCACUCCCUCCUACUUCAACAUGGUGUUGAUUGACAAGCAAGGAAUUGACCGGGAACGCUACAUGGAACCUGUCACCCCCGAGGAAAUCUUUACAUUCAUUGAUGACUAUCUACUGAGCAACCAGGAGCUGAUCCAGCGUCGGGAGCAAAGGGACAUAUGCGAGUGAACUGGAGCCAGGGCAUGGAUGGAGGUCAAGGGCAAAGUUCCCCUAGUCGGCUGAAACUGGGGCCUAAUAAAAGGAGGAAAUGGCUCCCCACGGUACUAGGGCCAGGACCCUGAGGUGGGUGAGAUUCACCAAUCCUGGGAUAUUCCCAGACGCCCUUUGUAGGGCUGUGUAAUAGUUUCCCUAAGCAAGUUUCUGCUUUAAGUAGCACUCGAGGAGAUAAGAAGCUAGGCAAGGACUUAGGACAGGUCCUGGUCAACGGGCUGGGGGGUGAAAGUCUUUUCCCAACCGGAGGCCUCUGCGCAGCUCUCCAAAGUCUUCCAGAUAAGUAAAUUCUCAAUUCAUUCACUAA